GACGUCGACGAGGGGAGUGUCAAAUUCCAAGAGAGAGGAGAGGAGAGGGGAGCCAGAGAGAGAGGGGCGCAAGGUUACAUUGCAAGUUCUUUGCAAAAAUGGGGGACGACCGACCGUUUGCGUGCAGUGCUCCCGGCUGUGGACAGAGGUUUACCAACGAGGACCACUUGGCUGUACACAAACACAAACAUGAGAUGACACUAAAAUUUGGACCACCCAGGACCGACUCUGUCAUUAUUGCAGACCAGACACCUACUCCCACCCGCUUCCUAAAGAACUGUGAGGAAGUUGGUCUGUUCAACGAGCUGGCCAACUCCUUCGAUCAAGACGACGAUGAAAAGAGGGCCAAGAACUCUGUAAGUAAGCACCCUGCUGCAAAUUCUGUGGCUUUGGACAUGAGCCUGCAGACGCCAUCAGAAGUGAAGGUGAAAGAGGAGGCACCUGUAGAGGUCGACUCCUCGUCACCAGGCAGUCCAGAAUCUAUCUCUGGACAGUCAGACAGCAGCGGAGAGUUUCUGGUCAGAGGAAAGGACACCCCACCCAGGAGUUCAGCCCCCACCCCGACUAUUGUGCGUCCAGGUUCCCUCUCACUACACUUGGGCUUUGAUGCCCUUCAGCCCACUAUGCCUUCACCGACUUCUGUCAUCACACAAGCACCACCCUCCAGUCGUACUUUAGGUUCGCCAACCAGCCACUACCCCAUGAUGAUGCUACCCUCUGGCCAGGCAGUGCCUCUGCUCCCUGGUCCAGUACAGAUGCCCUCUGUCAUUAAUCUGGCCCGACCCUUGUGCAUGGUACCCAACAUUCCUGGGAUCCCAGGUCCUCCUCUGGGAGGCAGCAGCAGCGGCUCUAACUCCCCCUCUGGCUACAGCAUCCACUCAGAGGCCAAGAUGCGUCUGAAGGCUGCGCUGUCUCAGCAGAGCCCAUCAGGACAGAGUAUGGGGUUCAUGGGCAUGGGCGGCAGCCCCAUGGUGCCUCAGAGGGCAGAGCAGAGUCAGCUGCUUGUCCAACAUCCAGAUGCUCCAUCACCUGCACAACCACAGGUCUCUCCAGCACAGCCUACUGGUGGGCGUCGGCGGCGGACAGCAGACGAUGACCCAGAUGAGCGAAGGCAGCGCUUCCUGGAGAGGAAUCGCGCUGCGGCGUCGCGCUGCAGACAGAAACGCAAACUGUGGGUCGGUUCUCUAGAGAAGAAGGCUGAGGAGCUCAGCUCCCUGAAUGUCUCCCUGUCGAAUGAAGUGUCUCUGUUGCGGAAUGAGGUGGCUCAUUUGAAGCAGCUGCUGCUGGCCCACAAGGACUGUCCUGUUACGAACCUACAGAAGAAGACUGCCUACUUAGCUGCCGAGGAGAGAAUGAAAGACACCUCCGAGCCGACAGGUUCUCCUGCCCCUGUGAUUCAGCACAGCUCUCUGGCGCCGAGCCCCUCAACAGGGCACAACGGCCUGAGCUCAAGGGCAGCGGCCGAGGCCAUGGCCAUGUCUGUGCUGGCAGGAAUGGGCCAGCAGCAGAGGGCUGAGAGCGGAGCCUCUCAUAUUAUCAUGGCUGCACAGUCUCAAUCUGCUGCCAGAUGAUGAGCGAUGCCACCACAGCCAAGACUUGGAUCAUCACAGGGGGGCAAAAAAAUGGAGCAGCGGACACCCCCCACCUCCCAACUUACUCAAUCUAGAAGUCCAAAUAUCUCUUCUUUCGCUUGCCCCUUCCUCCUCUGCUCUCUCUGACCCUCCUGUGGAGCCAUCAUGCUGUGGCCUGGAGCUCAGCAGCAGCCUUCUGGGAAUGGACUGAGACUUUUGAGAGAGCUUUCCCAUUCACUUUGCCACAGACUACAGGGGCUGGACUCCAACCCCCUCCUCACCCGCCCUACCCCGUCUUUCCCCCUCUAUGUCUCCCUGCUCAUCCCACCUAACCCUCAGCCAUAAUGACUCUCCACUGGACUGUAGGACUGCAUCACUCUGAGUGUACUGUCGUAAUCAACUCCCCGCGUUGACGUGUACCGCACGUGUUUGAAACACACCAAGUGUUGCAUGAACGUUCUUGAUCAAAUCAUAUACCAAACAACACGCAGGACUUUCAGCAGGGAAUAGUGCCUUGUGCUUCUUGACUUACUAGCCAUACACACACACACACACACACACACACACACACACACACGCCAAGACAGCUUACAUCCCGAUACAACCGCUGCUCCAAAGAUGCACGGUUGUCUACACUUCUGUGACUUAGAUCUCAAAUAUUCAUGUAAACCUUUUGUUAAUGGUUCCACCUCAAGGUGAUCUCAACAUGGACCCAGAAUCUUACCUCAUUUACUCCCCUUUAUGAUAGAAUUUAUAAACUCUGUGUGUGAUUGGCUCUGUGUGUAUAUAUUUAUGUACAUCAGAACAUAGCAGUUUGCCUACUCCGGCUCUAAUACAUUAAUAUUUAGAUUGUUAGCAUGUGACUUUUUCUAUAAGGGUGUUAUGUUCUUGAUACAGUAUGUGCAGCUAUAUAUUUUUUAAACUAAUUGGCACAUCCUCCCAAUUUAGUCCUAAAAUCAUUUUGUUGGAGCAACAUUUUUUUCUGACCUGAAGGGAAUCUAACCUCUCCUCUCCUCUCCUUCUCACGUUUCCUCUAAAACGGGCAGUUUUUAUGUGGAUGCCUUAUUCCAUUUUAUCUGAAACUAUUGUAGUUAUUGUGAUUUCCUGUGUGGGCCCUGGACUUACUGUAACUGUUAUUUUUCACACCUCAGGAUGGUUGCACAUCCUUGCUGCUCGCUGGAAUUGCGAUGAAACCCCCUUAGUCUCUUUGCUCUUUACCAAACCUAAACUUAAGCCAUAACAAAUCCGAUCUCUGAAUAUCCAAAGACCACCUGGUACUUGUUCUGGGGCUGGCGACAAAUAGCCCGACUGUUAUUUUGUGAUUCAGAGGUCACAGUGACACAAUCUACAGUAUAUCACUGCUCGUUGUUUGCACUUACACACCUUCUCACACACACAUUAAUUUCUCGUCAUUAUGCCUUAAGAUCACAUUGGUGCCUCCGAUAUCCACUCUUAAAAACAAUAAGAUUUGCUCGUGAGCCUGAGCAAAAAUAUAUUUCUCUUUAACUUGUUUAUUUCAUCAAAUGGAAAACAAUCAAUGAGGAGCAAUAACUCGCUGAAGAUCCUCGUAACCUUUACAAUUAAGAGUUAAUUUAACCACAGGUCUCUUUUCAGUGACAUUAAACAAUACUAUACUCGUCUGUCAUCUGGUGGAGGGACACAGCAAAGUCAUCUUCACUGUUAAAAGCUUUGAAGGAAAAAGUUUGAAUGCCUUGUGACUGUUGCUGAACUGCUCCAGUUCUUUAGAAAUAACCACCAAGAUAUUUUCCCCAGAUAUCAAUAUAUUUUUAACUAAACACCUAUACAUGUGGUUUUCUUUUAUUGUUUAUCCCCCCCUGUAUAUUUCUGUCCCUCUUCUGUCUGACGUGAUCAUAUAUUUGCAAGAUGUGAUAUUUCGAAACAAGAUGUCUGUCCAUUAACACAAGGGCAGUUCUUUAUGCACUAAAGUAAUGCAAGUUUAUCAUAGCUUUGUAUUUCUGUUCAUUUAAGGUUUUCCGGUUCUCUUGGUCUGUUUUUUUUUCUCAUGGUAUUUCUCUCUCACUCCUUUGUACUGUAUACAUGAAUGGGAAUGUGCUCAGCAACUUAAAUACGUUUAACCUUUGAUUGAACCUCUUGUCCUACAGUCCUAAUGACGAGUCCGGCAUUUUGUUGUUCUUUGAAGCUGGCACUAUAUUCGGCUGGCAGUCCAUUCUAGACGAUUGUUCAUAUGAAAGGAAAAUUCAAACUAUAUAUUUAGCUUUCAUGUUUUCAUGCAAUUCAUGUCAUUGGCACCUUUUUUGUCAUUUCUUCUUUUCUUCUGGUGUGUGCUAUUUUCAGCACUAUACAACUUUUGUCAUAACGCUUCUGAUUGUGCUGAUGAAUAUAGAAACAAAUUUCUUUAACACAGACUUCUUUUUUUGUUUGUUUUCCCUGCGGAAAAAAAAGGUCAUUGGUUAUUUUUCAGAAGAGAUUUUAUCCCCUAUGUUAAAUUUUUUAAGAUGAAUUUGGUCAUCUUUUUUUGAUGGUCCUUGUCUAACUUAUUUUUACUUAAUUGGUUAAAUAACUGUCGUCAUCGCAGCCUUUGGCAUAUUAAUGUUACCUAGAAUUAAUAGGAAAGGAGCAAUCUAAUGAAAAAUGCAACAGUUUGAAAGUUGCACAUGGUGUUUUAACGGUUUUUCACACUCCCAUUUUUGGACUGAUGAUUUCAGAAAUUGUCCUACUGUACAUAUCUGUACUAUAUGAAUAUAUUUACUUUUCCAUGCAUGUCCAAGUGGAAUACUAUGAACACUUACGUACAGUGCUGCAGUUUUAAUUAAAGAAACUACAUCUUAAUGAAUAUUAAA